GCAAAUUGUAUAUUGUGUCCAGCAACAGCUCAUGAAAUUUGUAAAGCAGCCUCACUCCAUUUUUGACUUGUCCUGCGAAUUGAUGAUAUUUCCAAGAUGAACUGUUUGUUGUAUUUCUUCAUUGGAGCUCUGUGCCUUAAUCAAGGCUUUGCUCAGAGUACUAAUCUUCAUGAGGAGGAAGCUCCAGGAGUUGCUAAACGUUCUAUUGAUGAUGGUCCACAAAGCAUUCAACACAUCAUCCAUAGGCGAGAUGACGGAUCCAAGCCUAGCAACCCCCAUAAUCCGUUUCCUGGUGGUGGAGGCCAAACAAAUGCACUUCCUCAUAGGCGCUCCGUAGACGAUGUCUUGGCCCAUGGCGAUGGGGAUAUCAUGCCAAUUCCUCACGUCAUUCAUAAGAGGCAACAAGAGUCGUCCAAUGAAGGAUAUGAAAUACUUGAUAAUGAACCGCCCCCACCUCUACGAACAAGAGGAAAGAAGUAAAGAUGAAUCGUUUCUGGAGUCGCUAAUCUGGUGGGAUUGCCAAUUAAGUUCUGGGUUCAACGAAAUGCAGUACAGAGAAAUUAGAAGUACUGGGAUGAGAUAAUUUUGCUUAGAAAAAUAUAUAAGAGAAAGCAUGCAAAAAUUCUAAUAUUUCAUAAGGCGCCAAACAGAAUCACAAAUGGUUUAGGAAUUGAUAUUUUGAAAAUAAAUUUGUUUUGAAAAUGUAAGUCUUGAACCUUUAUCACUAUAUUACCUCUUUGGUUUAACUACAAUGAAAUCACAAUAACAUCAUUCUGUGAAAGCAAAUAUAAUAAAACAUACUAAAUUUAGCUUAUAAAUAUUGUUUGCACCCCGUUCUAAUAUUGUUUUGCAAUUAUUUGUAUUAUUUCAAAUUUUUCAAUUAUUUUGAUGGACAAACUUUAUAUUAAACGACCAUACGUUAGAUACAGCACACCGAUUGGAUGUAAUAACUAGAUUCGGUGAAUCGAAUGUUUGAAGUUUGCUUGGGUGUUAGCAUCAGCCACAACAUCGGAGUUUAGAAUGAACAUGGUGAUGCUGGUGCUUGUUUUAAACUUAGAUGGUAAAAAGUAUUAGUUUUAACGAAUGGUAUAGUAUUGUGGUAUAGCACGUUCACUCAGUAUGCCAGCUUGUCGUCCAGCAACUUGAUUCACACUCUCAAUAUCACAGUCGUAUAUUCAUCAAAUCAACCAUUGUGCAUUUCAUUUAACUCAAGACUGUAAAAGUACUCUAAGAGUAACCGAGAUAUUUGGACACCGGUCUUGAUUUACCCUAUUUUUUGUUUGUAAUGAGCUAACGUAAGUCUUCAAACCGUGUUUGCUUCCAUGUUCACUAGGUAAUUAAUUAUCAAUAUUUUACAACUGUAAUGAUUAAUCAAUGAUUAGGUGAAACACAAAUAAAAGCGACCAGACACAAA